AUGAAUGCGAUUGUCUCGCUCGUUCACUUUUGCGAAGUUGACGGACCGAGCGUGAUAUUUUGUACACAGGCCUUUCAUAAAAAAGUGGUGGAAGACUGUAUUGACGGCCUCUCUAUAAGCAGCGGAGAAUUUUUUCCGGAUCGAUCCCACACCGAAAAUCACAAAGAAGAUGGCACUCAGACGAACAGAAAGGACUUCACAACAAACGUUGGCAGGCCCGCACCUGUCUCAUGUGCGUCCUGUUCGUUCUCCUUACCUUCAUCGGGUGACCCGAAAGCACAAAACUCCUCGGAGAUAAAAGGUUUCAGAACAGACGACGACGAAAAUCCAAUGGUCGUAUACAUAGGCUCUAGGUAUCCACAACAUCCUCAGUUAUAUGCCGCAGUGAGACAAGCAUGUGUGAGAAGGUAA